AUGGCUUGCAACUCCGCGGCCUGGCUUACUGCCGCCAAAGCCACUCCUUUCGAAGUCAAGCCCGCGCCGCUCUGGACUCCCGGCGAAAACGAGAUUCUCGUUCGAAAUCACGCCGUCGCCAUCAACCCUGUCGAUGGUAGCCUUCAGGCUUUUGCCUGGUGGCCCUUCGAGUACCCGACCAUCCUGGGCCAGGAUGUUGCUGGUGUCGUUAAAGAUGUCGGGCCAAAUGUAACCCGAUUCAAGAGGGGAGACCGCAUAGUCGGUCACGCCGUCGGCAUGGCCACAAAACGCAACCAGGACAACGGUUUCCAGGCCUACACCAUCGUCCCGACAAAUAUGGCCGCCGAGCUGCCUGAGAGCAUCUCUUUCCAAGACGCUGCCGUCAUACCACUGGCAUUCUCCACCGCGUCCUGCGGGCUCUUCCAGGAUGCUUUCCUAAAGCUUCAGCCCCCAGCAGAGCCUCCCCAGAACCCAACUGGAGAAACCCUGCUGGUCUGGGGCGGCUCGUCGAGCGUGGGAAGCAAUGCAAUUCAACUUGCUAUUGCUGCCGGCUAUGAAGUCAUCGUCACCGCCUCUCCCAAGAAUUUCAAUUACGUGAAGAAGCUUGGUGCCGCGCAGGUAUUUGACUAUAGCAACCCUACCAUCGUCGACGAGCUCGUGGGCGCAUUCAAGGGCAGAACUGUCGCCGGUGCGAUGGAUUGCAUAGGCGGAGCGGCCACCAAGGCUUGUGCUGAAGUCGUGCAGAAGUCCAGCGGAAGAAGGUUCGUGUCGACCACAAAGGGCGGAUUUGAGGAGCCUCCAGAGGGGGUAGCUGUCAAGAAUGUCUUUGGAACAACGCUCAAGGAUAAUAAUGUUGGUAAGAUGGUCUAUGUGGACUUUUUGCCGAAGGCACUGAGGGCGGGAUCCUUCGUGCCGGCUCCCGCUCCUUUGGUUGUAGGCAAGGGAUUGGAGAGUGUUCAGGGAGGAGUUGAUAUCAUCCGCAAGGGAGUUUCUGCCCAGAAGCUUGUUGUAUUGCUCUGA